AUGGGUCUACUCACUAUAAUCAAGAAGCAGAAGUUGAAAGACAACGAGAUUCGGUGUUUGAUUCUCGGUCUUGAUAAUUCCGGCAAGUCCACGAUUGUCAAUCGCCUGCUCCCGAAGGAUCAGAGAUCAACCGAGAUCACCCCGACCGUGGGCUUCCAAAUCCACACAGCGCAUAUUCAAGAUCGUCUUGUGUCGUUAUGGGACAUAGGAGGGCAAACCACUUUGCGACCCUUCUGGGACAACUACUAUGACAAGACGGAUGUUUUAGUCUGGUGCAUCGAUGUAAGCCAGCCGUUAAGGUUUGAUGAGUCUGCUCGUGAGCUGUUCUCAUUUCUCCAGAGAGACCGGGGGCGUCCAGGCCAUGACUUGAAGCUGAUAGUCGCUUUGAAUAAGAUUGAUCUUCUGUCAGGAUCGUCAUUAACGACAUGCGUUGCAUCCGUCCAAGAUGAUCUAUCUGAUGUCGCCGGGGCCGGGGCGGUUUUUGUCCGGUGCAGCGGGGUUACCGGACAGGGCAUGGAAGAGCUUUCGUACGCAAUGUGUGCGGAUUAA